UUGACAGCUUUUAGUCCUGUUAGUGUGGUUCCCUGGUAAGAUCUUGGCAGUGACCCGGUUGUUAUUUGACUUUUCCUGUUGGUGUGAAACUUAUGAUUUAAUGGCUUUCAAUUCGGACGAUCGUACGAAAGUGUGAAUCCAGUGGGGAUGGGAAGUGUGAUGUGAAUGAACGUGAAAAUUAGACUCGAUAUAUCGUUUGAAAUUACGAUCACAAGAAUAAAAAUAAUACACAUAAAACAGUGAUAUAUGAUCAGCGGAACAAGCCGACGCGGCAAAGUUCAGUGGAAUAACAGCAGCAGAAGCCGUCGCCACCAGCAGCACCGCCGCUAUCGUUGUUGCCGUCGCCAGGAGCAGGAACAGCUAGAACCUCGGAUAGCACGAUCCAGGGCAGUUACUGGCUGGUCCAACUCCGUCUUCACCAGUUGCCAUCACAGAGGUUGCGGUCGCAGUCGUUGUAUCUUAUAACGACCGCAUCCGCCGAACGAGCGACGACAACGACUUUGCGAUCAUCGUUCGUUUUCCUUCGUGCUUUCUCUCAACCUCUCAAUUCUCCUUCCUUAGUUCCGAGUUUCCUCCUUCAAACAACAAUUAACACCUGCUCUGCACGCGCGGAAACCAGCACAAGUAUUAAGUCCUCGGUUCGCUACCUAAUUUGAUUUACACCAAGGAAUCAUCAUCCCACUAUAGCGCUCCCCAAAGCACACGUGAAUCAGGCGCGCGGGGUAUAACUGCGGUGCGCCGGCCAAACCAUUGUGAAGAAGAAAAAGAAGAAGAAGAAAAAAUAAUCAAAUUAUUUCAGUGCUUCACUGUUUUUGCUUAGUGCAUUGAGUGGAAUAUAGUCGUGUUUGCGCUAAAGCAACGGACAACCGCGCGCGAAACGUGAGUCCCCACAGUGGCAACUAUUUCCACAGUUAGACCACCGGCAAGGACCCACCGCAAAAUUGCUAACGUGUGACCUCUCACACUUAGCCCCACACACCAUUCAACCAUGGAGUGUUGUCUGUCCGAGGAGGCCAAAGAGCAGAAGCGUAUCAAUCAGGAGAUUGAGCGGCAGCUGCGACGAGACAAACGGGAUGCCAGGCGAGAGCUGAAACUGUUACUGUUAGGUACUGGUGAAUCGGGUAAAUCUACAUUCAUCAAACAGAUGCGAAUUAUUCACGGUAGCGGUUACUCGGACGAAGACAAGCGUGGCUUUAUCAAACUAGUGUACCAAAAUAUUUUUAUGGCAAUGCAGUCGAUGAUUCGGGCGAUGGACCUGCUGAAGAUACAGUACAGUGAUCCAGCGAAUGUGGAACACGCGGAACUGAUACGAAGCGUAGAUUUUGAGACGGUAACCACAUUCGAACCGCCAUAUGUUCAAGCAAUCAAGGAUCUAUGGGCCGAAGCCGGUAUCCAAGAAUGCUACGACAGGAGGAGAGAGUAUCAGCUAACAGAUUCAGCCAAAUAUUACCUUAUGGAAAUAGACCGUGUGGCGGCGACCAACUAUCUUCCGACGGAACAAGACAUUCUGAGAGUGCGUGUGCCCACGACAGGAAUUAUCGAGUAUCCCUUCGAUCUGGAGGAGAUCCGGUUUAGAAUGGUUGACGUCGGCGGACAAAGAUCUGAAAGAAGGAAAUGGAUUCAUUGCUUCGAGAAUGUGACAUCAAUCAUCUUCUUAGUGGCGUUGUCCGAGUACGAUCAGAUUCUGUUCGAGUCGGAGAAUGAGAACCGUAUGGAGGAAUCGAAAGCUUUAUUCAAAACUAUCAUAACGUAUCCAUGGUUCCAGCAUUCAUCGGUGAUUCUGUUCUUGAACAAGAAGGAUUUGUUGGAGGAGAAGAUAAUGUAUUCGCAUUUGGUAGACUACUUUCCAGAGUAUGAUGGACCACAAAGAGACGCAAUAGCUGCCAGAGAAUUUAUACUCCGUAUGUUUGUAGACUUGAACCCAGAUUCAGAGAAGAUUAUCUAUUCGCAUUUCACAUGCGCAACCGAUACCGAAAACAUUAGGUUUGUGUUCGCUGCCGUAAAGGAUACGAUACUGCAGUCUAAUCUAAAGGAGUACAAUUUGGUUUGAACUAUAAUAAUGUCUUCGUCAUGGUCAUCGUCUUCAGCAUGGCUAGUACCGGAACAUCGCCUCUACUCUUUUCCUAGUACGAGUUGCAGCAGCAGCAGCAGCCGAAGCAACAGUAGAUGUAGUCGUAAUAGUAGUAACACUAGCAACAGCUGCAACUAUAAAAUGGCUGCAAUGUUCACCACCUUCACUAUAACCUUUUCAAUGUAACCAAAGAUCACCAGAGUUUGGGGAACAACGCCACAACAACUUACUGUGUGAUCCUCGUUGCCAAAAAAAAAAAUACAGGAUAUAAUGUCACAUCCUCAUCAUCGACAGCGACAACAUGGAUUCGGCGAAGAGCAACCGGCUAAUGUGGAAGCAUAUAGUAGGGUUUGCUACCAAAGAGGUUGAAGGAACACUGAUGCUACUUUUACUGUACAGAAAACAAUAGAUUCGAUACGCUAGAACAACACUACCGCAUACUACCGAAAGACAAAUAUAAUCGCACACAAUUUACAUUGAAAGUCAGAGAGUGAUGUUAACAAUCACGCAUACACACAACCAUUAAAUGAUUAAUCCAGUAAAAAAAGGGACUAGAAUACAGCAGAUUCGAUGGAAAGUAAUUUCCACCUAUUUAAGAAAAAAAGAAGCACUCAGACGGCGAGAGCAAACUUGCAUUAUAGACCGAUCGAAUACAAUUAAACAAAGUGAAAAAAUUGAGAUUAAGCCAUAACUUGCCAGUUUUUAACACAUUUCGACACUUUCUUUAUCGCAAAAGUUCACAUCAUGCUCACGAAACGAGACUUUUCAGCAGAUCAGGUCGAAUGGAAGUUUCUUUUCGCUCGCGCCCGUUUCGAAUGGCUUUCUUUUUUCGUCGUAUUAUAGUGAUAACGAUGCAAUGUCAGCACAACCAUUUUAUAUUACAACAAGAAAAUUGAUAGAUACGCUUCGGCUUACACUGACAAACUGUUAAUGGGAAAGGUUGAAACAUUUUAAUUUUCGUGCAUUUCUUAACUGGUAGGGAUCAUCGUUUGGGAUACACGCAAAUGCAGAAACGUGAAGCUAGGAGCUAGGAGAACUAAUUUUUCGAAAACAUGCGAAACGAAUGCACAGUGCAUAGAAACUAAUGUGUAUUAGAAGCGUUAGGGUUUUCACAGUCCGUUUACUUUAAUUGUUAAAUCCCUCUUCUCGAUUCAUCACUUUUAGUUGAUUGAUGUUUGAAUCUGUAUAGUCCUCUAUGUUUUGUGAACCGUUUAGAUAAUAUUUAUUUAAUUAUAUUAUUAGUUCUUUAUAUCGCAACUUGUUUUCUUGGAACAUCCCUUCUGUUUUUCGUUUCGGAUAUUAUGUUUUUCUGUAUUUUCAUCAUGAUUCUAUUGUGGAUCAACACACCCACACACACACACGGCGAUAAUUUAGCAACUUCACAGUGGUGCAUUAAAUGCGCAGCAAAAUAGAAAAGAUAACAAUCCGCACAUCCACGCAUACACGUAUACCUAGAGGUACACGGAACAGCAUUGAAAAAAAAAGGAUAAAUGUUUAUAUAUUUAUACAUAUAUACACAAGAAAAAUAUACAAAACGUAAAACUAUUUAUUCUGCAAAUAUUUAGAGUUAAUUUUCAACACAUUGACUAUCAUUAUUGAACGUAUUUAGCUCGGUAUUUAGAAAUGAUUGCGUUUCUAAACCCCCUCGGAUCUUCACUGUACUGGCCUGUGCUCCAACAUCGCAGCAGCAGGGGCUCAAGGACAGAACCCGAAAGAAUCCCUUCAGUCCCAAAUUUUAGUUGUAAUUUUUACGUAACUAUGACUGUGAGAUAAAAUAAUAAUCAUUAACACAUAUUAAUUGUAUAGAAACACUAACGGUUUAUAUUGUUUAUUGUUUAAACGCUUAUCUUAUCCUCUCAAUUCGAAAACAAAAACAACUGGCAAAGUGUCACUCGGUAUGAGUCGUUUGCUUGUGCCGUUAGGCAAUCCCGUACAGACAGACGCCACUAUGUUCCGAUGUACAAUGCUGAAUAACGUAUCAUAACAAUUUAUUUCAUACUAUUGAUGGUUCAUUUUGUUCUUAGUGCUGUGUUUAUUUCACACGACGAAUAUAGUUUAAUGUAUAUAAAAUUAUUGUUGUUUUUUUUAUUUUAAUUUCUUUUUAGUUUUCUGUUAAAUUGUUCCUAUUGAGAAUCCGUUCGCUAUUUUUCGUUGGGAUAAACAUAAAGAAAAAAAUCAGUCAAAUUCGUACUACAGAUUUUCAGAAACAGAAAUGAGAUCAGAUGUGCUGAUUGUUUUUGUUUCACAAGAAAACGUAAACAUAAACCCAUUUUAAUGUGUAAUAUUAUUAUUAAUUUUAUAAUUAACUUAAAUGAUGAACGAUUGAAAUUAAUCGAAGAGAAUCUUUUCUAGCCGAGAAGAUGAACAGUAGUGGUUUGCAAGUGAAUCAGAAGAAACGUGUAAAUAUUUCACAAAUUCUGAAAAAAAAAUUAUGAAACUGCUGGGGAGAUUGGUCUGGUUGGUACCCGAACCGACGAUGGCCUGUACUUCAGUUCUUUGAAUGAGCAAUUUGUGCUGUUUUUUUUCUAUAAUCAACAAAUUGCGCCGUUUUGUUCAGUUUUCGACCUAGAACGAUAAGAACUAAGUUGAAACGAUAUUGAGGAAAAACGACGCAAUCAUAACCAAAACACAAUCACUCAUACAUUCAUGCUUGCUAUAAAUACAUCUACAGAAGAAUAAACAAAUGCUGCGGUGUGUGAUAGCAGUAUGUUUCCAAGAUCAAUGGUAACCAAGAAGGAUCCAACACACAACUCGGUUAAGCCAUUCAAGGAAAAACAAACCAAUGUAAAAGAGAAUAGUCACUAAGACGAAAAAGGCAAAUAUAUCGAUCGAAAAUGCGUAGACAUUUGCUUCUUCUUUAAACACAACAUAAGGAAUCAACUAUUUAUAGGGAAGUCAUAGAGCAACGAAACAAGCUAAAAGUAAUUGCAAAACAGACAUUUUGCUCUAUUUUGUACGACACGAUAAAAAUCCUCUCUGCGGUACGUAAGAAUAAAUGGAAAAUAAAAACAAAAUAGGCUUUAGAUAGUUAGAUGAAAUAAUUUUGAUUGGCCCGAUAAUACAAACUGCCAUGAGAAAUUGUCAUGGGUAAAAUUCACGAUUAUCAUUGUUGUUUUCCCUCAGUUACUAAACACGGAUAUCGAUUAUCAGCAAUGGUUUCAUCGUUCUAGAUCCAGCUAUUAAAACCAAAAGAGAAACAGUUCAUUAUGUUGUCAUUGGUUUAUACAACAUGCUAAAAACAUUCGCGUCAGGCCAACAAUACCAGUGGUGCAUUUUCGCACGACUCAUGCUUCUUCAUCGUUACUUAUAUUGAAAAAUUUUGGGUUUGAUUCGCCAAAUCUAGUUUCCGAUCCCUGUAUAUACUUUUCGGGUAAAAGUAUUUUCAUUAGAGCUUUUUUCAUCGUGAUUUCAGGUUAUCUCCAUGUAAAAUCACCUUUAUAUGUACUAUCAUCAAUCAUCACUAACUAUAACAAAUCAUGCCUUUUCCUCGCUUCUUUAUUAAUCGAAAACCAACUUUUUAAAAACGAUAACUGCACAGGGCUACAUCAAAACAGACGGGAAAAAAUCGAGUAAAAAUCAUUUUAGUAUUGUGUGCCAUUUUGAUUGAACAAUUAAAUCUCCUCUCUUACGCGUUUAUUAAAGUGAAGUAGAUUGAUUAAGAAUCAAUAAUCUAAACAAACAUAAAACAACACAAAAUCAUUUACCCGCAAAUGAAAAUUUCUCCUUGCUAUUACUAAUAUAUAUUAUGAUUAUUCAACUGAGAAACAAACAAACAAAAAAAAUAAGCAGAAGCUGCUGUAACAACGUAUCUUGAAAAACUAUCUUAAAACGCGAAAUCAAAGAGCGAGAUCUUUGUGAAACCUGCAUAUAUCUCGUGGACAAAAUUACAAACCGAAUAGGACAACUAACCCUACCGGGGGGACCCAUUAAUCAGGACUAGAAACAUUGUGUCAUGCAACAGUGCAGCAUUGAAUAAAACAUUUUGAAAGAAAUAAUGACGUGUGAAAUUGAACUCAUAAUGUCAUGUCGAGUACUCGAAACAAAGAAACAAAACUAGUGUUGCUUCCGGCAAACACCUAACUAACUAGAUCCCACUGUUCCGUAGUCAAAUCGCCCAUUUGAUUACUGCACAACGGAAUCGAAAUCCAAGCAACCCGUCAUCACAAGCGAAGUGAGCAAAUGAUGGUUAUGAUGACGGGAAAAGAGAAAAACAAAACACACACACAAAUGUUACAAAAAAAAUUGAGCCAUGCAAGCUAAGAACAAGUCUAGUGAUUCAACACCUAUGUUUUACUACAGUACGAAAAAAACGAGUAGAUCCUAAUCAAACAUACUGACUAUACGAUGGUGUAGAAUCAGUCACGUACCCAGAGGGGGGGCCCUAGGGGCCCGGGCCCCUCCCAAAAUCAAAAACAGAUAUAUAAUUAUUUAGGAGGUCUAAGACAUGUAUUGCAGAAAUAACAGUUCCAGUGGAAAAGUUUAUAGUGUCUGUUAAAACACCCGUAAAAGGCACACCGAGAAUUAGGUACAUAAAAAAUCUUCAGUAACAUUACUUUUUUAUCUUUGGGCCCCUCCCGAAACGAAAUCCUGGGUACGGGCCUGUGUAGAAUAUUCAUGAAUUGGCAAUGUCAGACAGCUAGCGGAGGGUACUAAUCGAAGAACGUUCAACCGUUUUUCUUUCUAAACCCGAUCUGUGUAAUCUUUCUAAAUUCACAAACAAAUAUGGACGUGAAUAUGUUUUUGAAUUGACGACUUUAUUUGUAAUUGAAUGUCGGUCGUAUGUCUCAACCUACGUCAAAAGACUAAAUUCUAUAAUUGAACUGUUCAAGCUAAGAAUAUGCCGCUUGUUAAAACCGACAUAAUAUGAUUUAAAUAAAUAACUUUUCCAGCUAUGAUGUUCUUCGUCGUAAAUGUAAUAAAUGACGAAGUGCAUCACUACCACCUGCAAAUUUUUCGUUAACAUUCAUCAACCUUCAUUGGAACCUUCCGCUUAGCCACUAAUGAACCUGAACAUGCCCAUGAAACGAGGACAAAGUCACAACAAAGUUGCAACGGAUAGUAAAAUAACCGAUUAAUGGACAUACAUUGAAAAUAAAAAUAAAUGUAUUUUCACUAACAGCAACUACAAGUCAUGAGACGACAAAAAUACACACCCAAAGUUGGGGAAGCAAAAAGAGCAAAAAAAAAAUUCAGAAAGUCCUUUCUUAAUAAAAUAUUGAAUAAACAUCAUUAAAAAUAAUCUAUGAUAUGGAAACACUACAAAAUAAAUAUAUAUUUAUGUUUUUAAUUAUAUUUAAACAAAAAGGAAGAACACACAAAAGGUGAAGAAAAACAUGAGAAAUGUGGAAGUGCAGAAUAAAAUAAUUAUAAUGAAAACAAUGAGUAAAAAUAAUUAUAAAUAAUAUGAUAAUAUAAUUGUGUAAACUAAUGGCUGGAAUUUAUAAGAAACUAAAUAUAUAAUAAAAAUAAUAGAAAAAUA